AAGAAACUGUCUAAGAAAUGUCAGUGUCAAAAUUUUCAAAUUUUUGUUUUGAAACUGUUGAGCGAAAAUCGGAUAUGUAUUGCCUUGCUUGCACAUUUACUGAUAAAUUAAUCAUAAAUAAAUUCUAUUUUCAAUAAUAAGAUGUCGUACUUUGAUUUCUUUUAUAAUAAAAAUAUUGCAAAAAACAAUGACACAAUUGCUGGUACUUGUUAUUCCAUGUGUCCUCAAGAUGAAAUUGAUCUGCGAGUAAGAGAAAAUUCGGUUCACAUUUUGGAAGUUAUAGGACCUGUAAAAAAACUUGUGAAAAGUUACUGCAGAUCAGCAGCAGACUCAAAUAUGGCAGUACCACGUAUACUGCGUCCUUACUCUACAUUAAAAGAAACAUUGGAGUAUCUACUAUUUGAGGUUCUUAAAAGGAGGGAUGUACCUACUGUUGUUCUGUAUGAUUUUAUUAAUGAUCGUUUAAGAGCAAUCAGACAAGAUAUGACUAUACAGAGAUUAUUAUCAAAACAAUGUGCCUGUUUAUUAGAGCCUAUGAUAAGGUUUUAUGUGUAUUUUGCAUAUAGAUUAUAUGAACAACCAAUUAAUGACUUUGAUCCAGUGCUCAAUAAAAAAUAUUUACUAGAAUGUAUGAAGUGGUUUCUGAGCUGCUGCGAUGACAUGGAUCAAAAAGGAGAAGAUAAAUUAGAGGAACUCACUGCGCCUUUCUCAAACUUAAACAUUAAUAAAAAUGAAUUUGAUAGAACGUUAGUGGAGAGUCUCUAUAUACUCUGCAAUUUGUAUGACAUUCAUCCUUUGUUAAGAUAUUUGAGCCUCCCAAGAGAUUUAAAGAGAGAUUCAAUGUUAAACUUGUCUUAUAACAUAGCUGUUGCAAACAUAAAAGGGGAUUUUAUAAACACAUGUAGACUGAUUGAUAAACUAUGUCCAUUAACAUAUUGUGCCAUUUUCUUAUAUCUUCCAGAGAUACAGAAACAUGCCUUGCAAGUACUGGCCUAUGGUUAUAACAGCAAACAGUUAACAGUUCCUGGGGAAGUACUACAGACUUGGUUAAGAUUUAACAACAAGGAUGAGACAUUGGCUGUGUGCAGGCACUAUGGACUGGAAAUCAAAAACAAUGCUGUUAGAUUUGCUAGGGACAGUUUUAAGAAGGAAGUUCCAAAACAUCAACUGCAGCAAAACUCACUGAAAGGAAAAGGUUUGACUGUUGAAGAUAUUUUUACGUACAAAAGAAACAUUUUAUAACAAGUGUAUGUUUUAAAAAAAAUAUUUUUUGAUUUCAUCAUGAUGAAUGAAUUAGAUUUAUUAUAUACAAUAAAAUAUAAAUAGAAUAGAGAAACAAUAGAAUAUAAAUGUUAUUUUAUUAAGUAAUAAAAAAACGUUAUAAAGGAAUCCUUUAAUUGUUAAAUUAUUUACAUAAGAAAAUUCACCUAAUUAUGCGAUAACUAAUUAAUUACAAAGGACAACAAAAUCUAUCUAACAUCAAACGGUUGUAUGGCUCCCAAUUUUAACAUGUCAAAUUCAUCGCUAAAUUUAUGCCGACAAUUCAUAAUGCCAUUAAUUUUAUUAGCAAUACAAACGAUACGCUCCUGGCGUCACUGAAAAUUCAUUGUUACUUCAAGUUACAUAAAAUUAUGUAAAGUAAGAAGUGAACUUCUAAAUUAUUUAGCUUGUCAUUCAAAAGCCAUUAUAGAAUCCAUCUUAUAAAAUAUAUUAAAGUGUUGUGAUAUUUAUCAAUAAAUUGUUUUCAUUCUCAAUAGGACGAAAAAUUACUGAAAGUAAAUAGCUAUUGCAAAAUGAAUACUUGUUGCAAUAUUAAUAAAGUUUAAUUUGGUAUCAAUUUCCAUGAACUUAUUUAAUGCUCAUAUUAGAGCACAUAACAAACUCAUUCCAUAAAAGUAGAUGGAUUCUAAAGUGCCGCUUGACUGCCACACUUCUUACGUAAUACACAACAGAUAAAUUAAAUCUUAGUUGUAAUUAAACUAAUCACUGUUGACUGUGCGAGUGCAAUAAUAGGUGUUAAAUAAGAUGAAAAACGAAACAUUCGUGUAAAAAACAACUCACAAAUAAACGAUAAAUUAUCACAGUUGUAUAAUAUUAAAUUAUAUAUUAUCAUGAUUGUAAAACAGCUUUAGAUCAACGCGACAAUAACGCGAGUUGGCACUCCGUCAACAGCGCAACUGGUAACUAGAUGAUGUUGCGACACUUAGUACCACGUGUUCGUUAAAAUGCACAAAUUUGGCGUAAAAAAUUAAAUUAUUCAGCAUUUAAAACGUAAAAAAAGGAAAGCGUAACAUCUAUGAAUACUGAAUAACACAAGAGUGUGUCUAACAAUUUAUAUAAGUAAUCCCAUUAUAAUAACAUUUGCUAUACUUAAAUGAAUUUUCAAAUUUUUGUUCAGUUGACAUUUACGGAAUAUUUUCACACCCCAUCGGUAGCACCAAGUUGUUUGGGGAGGAGUUAAACACCCUAAAUUGAAAUAUUCAGGAACCAUUGAAACCUAAAUGUAUUCAGUAAAAACUAUGUCGAACAGACUACACUCAAGUUCAUCGUUGAAAAGGUAUAAAUAACUUUAAAAACAACAACAGAAGCGGUAAUUAACAAUAACACGUUACUGUACAUCGAAUGGUACAACAAAGAAUAUACACCAUGUUUACCUUCAAUGGAGGCUUCAGGGUGUCGGAGCCCUGAUAUUGUCAUGUCAGCCGGUGGCGACAACCACAAGCAGCAAUAGAUCGAAACGGGCAAGUUUUUCUUAACAACACUUAACAUAAUAAAAUAAACAUAUGACCGCCUACAUAAUCUCUUUGUUAUAUAACAAUAUCACUAUAUAGUGAAAAUAAGAGCGUCAGACUUUAAACACAAGAUUACUUCUUUAGCUAUAUUAUGGUCUUCACUCUAGAAUCAAUAGGCUAUUUGAUAUGAAAAUGAAAGUACUAAUUGUUGGCAUUUGUUUUUAAUAUGUAAAUAGCAGCGAUUAAAUAGAAAUGAUUCGUUUUGUUUUAUGGUCAUGUGACCGAAAACGCAUGAGAUUUGUGAAGACUAAAAUGACGUCACACGCUAGUAAACUUCCAGUCAGUGACAUUAUAUUGUAUCAUCGUUGUAUUUUUUUUAAUUUAGGAUUUUUAUUGAAAUUCACAACAAAAUGAAAGAAAAUCACUUCUGACUCUAUAAACACUAGUAAAUAACGUGAGAUCGUUUUCUUAAAGUUGUCAAAUACCCUAUUGGAAAACUGCGAAUCUUUUUUGGUCUUAUUAUUAAGAGAUCAUAGGUGUCAUAGUAAAACCUUAACAAAAUGUCGAUUUUGUAAAAGCAACUUAUAAGAGUGUGUUUUAAUCCAAUUCGUUGAGAAGGCAAACAAGUUUGGUAUUUGUCGUUGCUAUACAUCCCGGCAAAACUUCUUCAACAACCAUAGACAAGAAAGCCUGCGCAGUAGCAAUUUUACAUACAAAAACGUCUACUGUGCAAAUUUAUUUCUAUGUUUAUUUCGCUCAAGAAAUCUGCCGCUACCUAUAAUAUUUAAGUUAUGGAAGUAGUUGUUAAAACAAAGUAAAUUAUUGAGAAAAAAAAGUUCGUGUAACUGAUUUAAAUU